AUGGGGAAGUCCUGGAAAGAUACAAGGCUAAGGUUGUAUGAUGAUUACUACGAGCCAACACUGUCGACUGAAGAAAAUACCGAGAACCGUCCGCCAGGAAUUGAUCGAGAUCACUGGCGAUGGUACCUUGAUUAUCGCGCCAACCCUGAGACGAAGUCAGAACAAGAAGGAAGGAUAGUCAGUAGAGGAGAGCUGUGGAUCAAGGUUCACAAAAGAAGGGAUGGCUCUUAUAUUAAUGAUGAGGCGAGAGAAAUUGGUGAAAGACUUCUGGAGAUUGAGCAAGAAGAUGAGUCUUCUAGAGUCUUGUCUCAAAAUGAUUCCCUUGCUCAGGUUUUUGGAAGAGAGAAACCGGGUAGAGUGCGUGGAGUGGGUCUUGGACCGACUCCUAGUCAACUCUUUGGUACAAAUUUGCAGCCAUCAGUGAACCGAGUCCUAGAAGAGGAGACGCAAAGGAAGCUAAAUGAACUACAGACAGAACUGGAAGCUGAGAAGUUAAAAAGGAAGGCGAUGGAAGAUGAAGCAGCAGCAGACAAGAAAAGGAUAAAGCGGCGGUUAUACCAGCGGUUGCUGGAAACCGCCGCUGAACUCAGUCCCCGCGCUCAUAACCAGGGCGGUCACCAUAGCCGCCGGAAAACUGUUUUGUGGCGGUUUAAAACCGCCGCUAAAAGGAGAAAAAAGCGCCGCUAA